AUGGGCCGUGUCGUUAUUCACGCAGUUCGCCAUGCUCAGGGCUAUCACAAUCUUGGCGAAGAAUUCUUCAACAUUGUCGAUCCCGCGCUAACACCACUUGGAGAACAACAAUGUGAGGAACGUCGCAAGGCCUCGUUCCAAGACCAGUCCAAGUUCAGAUUCAUCGCCGCUUCACCUAUGACCCGAACAAUACAUACAACAUGUCUCAUCUUCAACUCAGCUCUCCAGACAAAUGACAUUCUUGCUAUUCCCGAAGCUCAGGAGAUCUCCGAUCACAACUGCGAUAUAGGAAGCCCACCAGCUGUACUCGCGGAAAGGUGCAUACAGAAUGAUUGGCCAGUGGACCUGAGUCUUGUUUCCGACGGUUGGAACGACAAGGACCUCUACGGACCCAACAGCCCAAUCACAGGUGCCUGUGCCCAGCGUGCCAGGACAGUGAGAAGGAUACUGAGAGAAAGGACCAAUGAGCUGAGCAGAGAUACCGACGAGGAUGUUCACAUUGCUCUGGUUGCACAUGGUAGUUUCCUACACUACUUUAGCAACGACUGGGAACACAGCACACUGGGGUGUGGCACUGGAUGGAAGAACUGCGAGACAAGGAGAUAUGUGUUCCAGAACGACGAAAGCGACGAGGAUGCUUGGGUUGUGGAGACUGACGAGAGCCGACGUGCUAGGGGUCUACAAGGGCCUGCGCCUUCGGCCGAAGAGCAACAAAAGUUGUAUGAGAUAACCAUGGUUGGUUGGGUUGAACAAGGUCUUCCUGAUAUCAGAUACUACGCGACAGCGUUGGCGCAUCCGAGACAUGAGGACCAAGCCAAGCUGUGA